AUGAUCUUGUGGGCGAACAGCAUCAAAGCUCAAAGGUCAAGGAUCGGUACUUUACCGUUUCAGCAGUUUUUAAAGUCGUUUGCAAGCGACUCAAGAUUGGGGUUCAAUUAUGAUGCUGCAUUCCAAGGAGAAAUUCAAAAAAGAAAAGAUACCAGUACUUAUAGAGUGUUAAGUAACAUUAAUCAUGUUAUCAAUCACCAAGGCCCUAAGGCAUACACGAAUGAUCACAGAAAGGUAAUCGAUGUCUGGUGCAGUAAUGACUACUUGGGAAUGCGGAUGAACAACGAAAUUUCUAGUGCUAUCCACUCGUUUGUCGAUAGGUACGGUGUUUCUUCAACCGGCUCCAGGAACAUUGCCGGGCAUAACCAAGUCUUUGUCGACUUGGAGAACUCUUUGGCGAAUCUUCAUCGAAAGGAAGCUUGUCUCGUUUUCAACAGUGGUUAUGUUGCCAAUGACACUACACUCGCUACCCUGGCACAAAAGCUUCCUGGUUGCGUUUUCUUCAGUGAUGAGCUAAAUCACGCCUCCAUGAUUCAAGGAAUUCGAAACGGGAAAGCGGCCAAAGUUAUAUUUAAGCACAAUGAUAUACAGGAUUUGGAAGAAAAACUAAGUAGAUACCCUCAGAAAACUCCUAAAGUCAUUGCCUUUGAGUCCAUUUACAGCAUGAAUGGUGAUAUUGCUCCUAUUGAAUCCAUAUGCAGGUUGGCAAAGCAGUAUGGUGCAUUGACAUACCUCGACGAGGUUCACGCCGUUGGAAUGUAUGGAGAACGGGGCGCUGGCGUUACUGCUGCACUGAACAUUUCAGAUCAAGUAGAUGUUAUUACUGGUUCUUUGGCGAAAUCUUAUUCAGCGACAGGUGGGUAUGCAGCGGGGUCUUCUGCCUUUGUUGAUUUCAUACGUUCUUUUUGCCCUGGAUUCAUUUACACUUCUAGUCUUCCUCCUCAUGAUAUCGCUGCUGCUUUGACAUCUGUGGAGUAUCUAAAAUCUUCAGACAAGGAAAGAGCCCUUCAAAAGUCUGCCGUCCGUAAAUUAAAAGAUGCUCUAAGCGAUUCUGGAAUCCCUUUCCUUUCCAACCAAUCUCAUAUUGUCCCCAUUAUGGUUGGGCACCCAGAGUAUGGAAGAUUGAUUAGUAGGGAUCUUAUAAAGGAUUACAACAUUUAUCUCCAUCAUAUUAAUUAUCCUACUGUUGCAAAGGGAACAGAACGUUUGAGAGUAACGCCUACACCUCUACAUAAUGAUGAGGCUAUUUUGAAGCACUUUAUAAGUGCCCUGAAAGAACUAUGGAAAAAAUACGAUUUGCAUGGUAUUGAUCAUUGGAAAGCAAAUGGAUUCUCUGUCAAUGACCCAUGCCACUUUCCUCUUGUAGCAUAA